CAAGCAACCACACACUAUCCGUCAUGUUCUCCCCUGUCACCAGUCCCAACUCCCUCCGCCUCCGACCACCACCGCCACCGCCAUUUCACUCCUCCCCAACCUCUCUGCCCUCUCCAACUUCUCCUAGCAUCCGAUCACCUCUUACAUCACCUCUCUCCGCUACUGUUUACGCUACCGCCGAGACCACGUGCAUCGCUCUCUCUCCCACCGCGGUCAUUUCUCCUCCUUCGCUAUACGAAAUCCUAGGCAUCUCCAUGGGAGCCACCGAGGGUGAAAUCAAAACCGCCUACAGACGGCUCGCCAGGAUUUCACAUCCGGAUGUGAAGGAUUCGUCUGGAGAAGAGUUCAUGAAGAUCCACGCCGCCUACUCCACGCUAUCGGAUCCCGGUAAACGGGCGGAUUAUGACCGGAGGUUGUUCCGAACGCACCGAUCUCGUUCAUACUCAAGUGUUAGACCGUCGUCUUCGUACAACGGAUUUAACGGUUAUAGUGGCCGGAAUUGGGAGACAGAUCAGUGCUGGUAGGGUUAAUCACCAUUGAUUGAUCUUAGAAUCCAAAGUAUAUACUAUAUAGUAUUAUAAUUAAUUAACGAUUAGAGUGUUAGUGAUUGAUCUGUAGGAUAAUAGAUUUGCAGAUAUUGUAUCGAGAAGGCUCGUAGAUUAUUGCUACUGCUUGUUUUAUACACUCUCUCUUCUCUCCCAAACACUUGCAGAAAUCAACCAAAUAUAGAACUC